GAUUGAUUCUCUCCAUCAGUUUCAGUUAUGUCCACAAAAAUGCUGUGUGCUCUAUCACGCACCCGAUUUCUGCCAUCAUUUUCAAUUUCAAUUCACCAACUUUCUUCCUCCGGAAGUCUCUCAUCCUCCGCCGUAACCCCUAAACACCGAUCACAUCAGCAUGUCGGAACAACCGCAGAUCGUUGAACACGUGGUCCUCUUCAAAGUAAAACCAGAUGCCGACUCUAGCAAACUCGCGGCUAUGGUGAGUGGACUCAACGGCUUAGCAUCACUCAACCUCACCCUCCACCUCUCCUUCGGACAACUCCUUCACUCUCGGUCAUCGUCGCUUACCUUCACUCACAUGCUUCACAGUCGGUACAGAUCAAAGGAGGAUCUCCGGGAGUACGCCGUUCAUCCUGAGCACGUUCGUGUGGUCAACGAGAAUAAACCGAUCAUUGAUGACGUCAUGGCCGUUGAUUGGAUGUCUAAUGGUGGUAGUGUCUCACCGAAGCCAGGGUCGGCGAUGAGAGUUACAUUUCUGAAGUUGAAGGAGAAUUUAGGGGAAAAUGAGAAAGCUAGGGUUUUGGAAGUGAUUGGAGAAAUUAAAGAUCAGUUUCAAGCGAUUGAACAGCUAAGUUUGGGUGAGAAUUUCUCUCAUGACAGGGCGAAAGGGUUUACGAUCGCUUCAAUCGCUGUUUUGCCUGGGCAGGCUGAUUUGGAGGCACUGGAUUCAAAUUCGGAGAUUGUGAACUCGCAGAAGGAGAAAGCCGGUGAUUCCAUAGACAGCGUGGUGGUUGUUGAUUAUGUGAUUCCACCUCCGCAGGAAGCUAACCUCUAAUGGAUGCCUGUUCCAGGUUCUUUACUUUUCUUUGAGUACGUGUUGCGUUAUGUUUAAUCCUUUGUUGAAUAAUAUUUAUGUAUGUGAUGCUCUUGUGUUAUCAAUGUAUAUAACGAUUGUUUCAUUCUUUUCA